AUGGCCAAGCAAAACCACAUCGCACACGAGCUCAUCGCGCGUGCUCACUCGCCCGACACCGCGGAGCAGCUCUUCACAGAACGGAUCAAGCAGAAACCACUAUUUUUGCGUCCUACGUCCCCUACCCCGGCAGACAACAGGAACCGUCGACGUCUCCAACGGCUGCGCAAGAAGGAAUAUUUCCUACGCAAACAGAAACCGAAGCCGCUGUCCGCGCGAGAGAAGCGAAUCUCUGGAAUCCACGAUCUGCCGAAGGAAGAGUGCAAAUAUGAGAUCUUCAAGGGCCUUCAUAAAAUGUGGGUGGAGUACAUGCAGGAGAUCUUAGGUAUAAAGGACGGUAGGACUACGGCGGUGACACCGCAGUCGCAUGGGAGUAAGCUGGUGAGCGCAGACUACCAUGGCGCGGAGAUGGAGGUUGUGCGGAGCAAAUGCCCAAGCAGAGUCGGACUCAAGGGGAUCGUGGUGAGAGACUCGAAAUUUACGUUUGUAGUGGUGACAGAGAAGGAUGAAAUGAAGACGAUUCCUAAGGAACAUACUAUCUUCCGUUUUACCGUCCCUCUACCCAACAAUCAGGGAGAUAAAGAAGCGACUGAGGGAACCCAAACGCAGAAGGAAUGCGUCUUCGAACUACAUGGCAGUCAGUUCGAGAACCGCCCUGUCGACCGUGCGAGCAAGAAGUUCAAAUGGAAGAAUAUCGACUACCUCUGA